AAUUGGCCAAUUCAAGAAGAUUGUUUGGAAAGAGAAUUAUUCUCUUCCCUCCCCCUUGCCAGCCCCUCUUCCCCACAAUUCAUCUGCCUCAUGCAGAUUGUGCUGCAGCAAUUCGUUGUCAAUUCACCUUCCAGCAUCAGCCUGGGUUGUCAUCAUUUCUCAACGGCUUCUCGGUUUGUCAAUUCCUUGAGUUCGUUUAAGGAAAUUCUGUGCCCAAUCCUGAUUGUUCUUUAAUUGGGUCAAAUCUCGAAUCCAACUGGUUUUUUGGCGUGUCUGUCCGAAUCUAUUAUUUAUAUGCAUUUUGUUAAUCAGUGAUUGCUUGCCACAAAGGCCCAGUUGUGGAGACGAGCGACGGCCUGCUAUUGCACCAAUGCGGCCACCCGUGUGUUUUAUGCUAUUUUUUAUCAGUUCACCUAAUCGUUGUUUGUGCUACGAACCACGGUGCUAGGAGCUCUUAUCAUUUAUAGGUUUCAAAUUAUUAAACUAAUAUAUCUUAUCAUGUUCAAAUUUCAACGAUUUGCCACAAAUUGCAGGCGUAAAUCACUUAACUGUCCUAGAAGUAAUCGCAAUUUCAAUAAGCCUGUGCGUGUUCUUUAUUCAUAUAAACGGAUGUUGUGUUUUCUUUACAAUCUUUUAACUUGAAAGGCCAACAUGAUUUUUCCCAAAAUUGUCAAAGACAAAAAUCUUUUGACAUAUAUUUAAUUUGCUUGAGAGGCACAAAAUACUAGCGUUCUAUUUGCUGAAAAGUAAAUUUGGGCGUUGCCACGCUUGUUUAUUGAGCUGAUGCCAAAUUCACGGUAUUUUUGUAUCGGUAAUCCACACAACAACUGCAGUUACACCAUAGCCUGCGCAGGACCCAAUUCGAAGUGGCUGGUCUCGUGAGGUGACCUGUUUUGCAAUUCUUGUUUCACAAUAUUGCCCGUAUAUCCAUGAAUUUGGCUUUGGGAGAUGAUGGUUUGUUACGCAAUGGGGUUAGCAUCGCUAGAUGGUUAGUUUCACAAAAUGGUUUGUUCCUUAAUUGGGUGGAUUGCUUGACUUGCGAGAUUGCUAGUUUUGCGAUUAUUUGCGAUUGUUCAAACCCUGUGGUAAAGAGCUCACGGACUUCUCUUAGCAAUCAUUAUCCUCUGGUCUUUGAAACAGCGCGGUUUGUUAUGCAGGGCAACGAAUGGGCGGAAACAGUCGCUCAAUACAACUACCCGUAGCAAUAGGAGGCUGAUUUUGAAAUUUACUGGUUUGCCUCCAAUAUAUUUGAUACGCAUCCUUUGGCGCACAAUAGAAUUGAUUGGCAUGGAAUGUGGAAAAAUGCGUGUUUUUGUUGAUGUUGGACGUUGGAGCAAGAAAUUACCGAAGUAGGCAAGGUCAACUUGACCAUUGCACAGUUUUGUGUCGUCAAAGGUAAUGGGAACUUGCUUUUGUUGAUUCACAAACGAGAGAUAGCAAAUUUGCAGGCCUUAUUGCUGUUGCAAUGAACUAAAUGCAUUUGAAGCACACAUCUUGUGAAGUCUGGCUUUGUCUUGCAGCUGAAAAGUUUAUUUAUUCACCUCAAGCGACAUCGCUUUGCUAAUGUUUCCCGUCGACUCGCUGGAUUAUAAAUGCAGGUACAGAAAGGCCUUUGUCAGGGAAAUGUUGUGGUUGAAGUAGUGAAACAGAUAUGCAGAGAGAAACUUGGGUUAGGCAGGAAAAUUGAACCGGGCAGAUGUGCAGAACAGUGCCAGUUUGAAUGUUUGAACUGUGUUCGUAUCUAUGGAGAUUCAAAUACCGAGUUCGGUCACGAAUCCGGAAAAGAUUUACUACCGGGAAGUGCUGCUGAAGAAGGAAGCUUCACGCGUUUGGACGGAGUAUUAUGCGGUGCUCUGUGACAAAUAUUUGGUUUUUAACAGGAAAGAUCCCCGGACCGGAAAGUUUAUUGAGAAUAACUGCACAAUGUUGGAACUUACGACCGAUGCAACUGUUGGAUAUUUGCGGAAAACAUGUUAUCGAUUUCCAUUUUACUUGAAAAUGGGAAAACUAAACUACCACUUUAAAUGUGAAACUAACUUUCAACGGUAUCGUUGGGUUUGCACGCUUCGUCUUGCGAUUGCGCGAAAACCUCCAGAGCCACCCCCAAAGUUCGUUCCUACUCGAUACUGUAGAGGAAAAUUAGCGAGAAAAGAAGACAGGUUGGCGUCAAAGGGCUCUAGGGAUAACCACCCUCCUAGGGGACAGCACUCUGCACGGGCGAACGGGCAUCUAAAUGGACGCUGCGCGCAGUCAAGUGAGAAUCUAUCUGGGUCGGAAGACGAAGGAGCGUUGAGCCAUUCGUCGCAUGCAGUGCGGCUUCAGCAAGAUAAAGACUCGUUGCUGCUCACCAAUAAAUCUGCCAUUAGGGAGGAGAAGCCUGCAGCUCUGUUUGAAACCAGAGUACGCAAGUUGUCUUUUGCAGAUAACGACCUGGAAAUUGAAGAUUUAGAUGAAACUGAGCAGGCGGAAAAUACGGGGAGUGAUAUAGGUGGAAUCUACAGGAGAAAUACUCGAGUACAACGCACAACGAGUAAUGGAAGCAACAAUAGUCAGGGGAAAAAGAAAACUGUUUCGAUAAAUGAAUGUCCGACUGACAUGGAGAAAGAACACAGUACGAGAACUAGUCGCAGUGAAGACAAUUUAGAUAGCGGGAUGUCAGAAAUUCCUGGAACUCUGGCCGAAGAAUCGCCUAGACACCUGGCUAAGGCCUAUCGCGUUUACCCGGAUAAUGUCAAGUCACAUAGUUGGACCUCGCUGGAGGUGAUGCGCAAAAGUACUGUUCCUAGGAGAGAGAAUUCGGCCCCGCCCGCAACCAGAAGAGAAAGGAGGCUAAGAAAGAACCUUGUAGAAAAAUUUCAAUCGGAAACAUAGCAGAGAAAUAAAUACCGACGCGAUGACUGAUUUUUGAAGAAUUAUUUACUGCUAUUUUGCAAAUGGUUUUUAUGGCUCUAACUGGAUCCCAAUUUUGCUCAUAUUAUCAUGUUAUUUAUAAGCAAAUGAGAAAAAAAUCAAUUUUCUACCUGAUCCACAUCUAUGCAAUUAUAUGUUGAUAAAUAACUUCUUCUAUCGUGUUUACGAAAAAAAAUAUUUGUAAUAUUCUAUAGUUUACGUAUUCUGGCUUCUAGUUUUUUCUAAAGACCAAUUUUUUCCUGAUAUUUCGAAAAUUGGAAGUUUCCUUUCAUCAGGCUUUUCUUUAACUUCUUUCUCGCGGGUACAAACACCCAUUCUUAAAGAUACAGAUCCCCUUUUCAAGAAUGCAGAAAACCUUUUCCAAGGGUACUAACACCCCUUUCAAAGGAUACUGACACCCUUCAACUAGGAUACAAGUACCCCUUUCCUAGGACGAGGACACGCAUAACCAAGGGUACAGACACCUCUUUCAGGGAUACAGACACCCUUUUCCAAGGAUUCAGACCCCCUUUCCUAAGAAUAAGACACCCCUUUCCUAUGGAUCCAAACAGCUAUUUUUCAUAUUCCCCGAAGUAUACAACACCCCUUUCCCAAAAUAUAGACAGUCACUCCCUUAGAUACAAACAUCCCUUCUCAUGGAUAAAAACAACCAUCUCCAAUUCCCCCUGGUUACAGGCAAUUAUUUCCCCUUGAUACAGAAAGCCCUCCACCCUGCAUGCACCUCUAUCCGUAGAUUCAAAAAGUUACCAAUCUGACAAAAAAUUCCCCUCGAAGCAGACAUUUGGCUCACUUAACACAAAAUAGAUUGUCACUCGAGGAUGAGAAUAUAAAAAUGUCAUCAAUUUUGAAUGACAUCAAUAAAGAAAACAUAAAGAUAGCUUCCCGUCAUUCAACAGGAAAAAGUUUUGCUCGAAUAAAAAGAAAGAAAACCAUUCUCAAACUAUGAUUUUGAAACGUCUUUUGUGAUUGAUUUUGAAGCUUCAAUUGGUGCAUUUUCUCCAAACGUGUAAAAAUAUUUU